GUAGAAGUAAAAUGAAAUCAGUUCAAAACAUAUCAAAUUAGAUUAAAAUAAAAAAAUCUUUUCUAGCUAAAAAACAAAAUUCAGUGGGAUGAGGCAAAAGGAAAUUCUUUUCGAGCAAAAUAUAUAAACUUGCCCGUACUCACACAUCGCUCAAUCUUUCCCGCGUAUCAUUCGGGACAUCUUACUGUAAAUAUUGGCGAGACUGACCUGUGAACGAAAAUGGGAGGAGCUGAAGAGUUAGCCAUGUCUAGCGGAGAAGAGAGAGAGGAUGACGAGGCCGCCGCCGCCGCUAAAGAACAUCUGCAGAAACAAUUUCGACUCUGCACCAUCUCCAUCGCUGAAGGCGAAGCCAAGCGAAAUGAUAUGGAAAUUUCUAAAACGAUUGUGGCUUGCAUCUCCAACUUAGCCUUCAAAUUUGCAGCACAUAGAAACGAGCAUCUUGCUGCCACAUUGAGAUCCUUCCGUGAUGACUUAAAAGCGAAAGAACCCCAAACUGAGAGGAAGAGGAAAAAAAGAACAAGAAAGCAAGACAGAGCUGCUGCUGAUGAUCUAUCUGUGUUGGAUGCAUAAUUCUUAGCCUCUGUCUAUCUCUUAGCUGAACUGAGUAACCCG